ACUGCUGGCUGUCGCUUUACCUGUGUGAUUUAUUUCUGUGAUGCACAGAAGGAAGUUUCUUUAUCAUUGUGUGUCUUAAAAUGCAAACUAUGGCCGUAAAAUAACAUUGCCAUCACAGUCGAGUCUGAGUGACUCAGUCGGACCGAGCUGGAAUUAUGUUGCCUGGCGUGUUUUAUGCCUUAAUGGCGGGGUUUCUGGCAGCUUUAGCUUCAUCUUCUGCUAAACUGUCCCUGGGUGCUGAAUAUCUCAAAGACGUAUGCGAAACAGGGCUGAAGAUCUGGACAGAUGGACAGAAGAACGCCGAUGGAGUUGAUACCACAGCUUGUGACUGGUUGCAUAUACCCCUCCGGCUGCUCUGUGGUGGACUGCUGUUCACCUGCAAUGCUGUGAUGUGGACCUUCUUCGCCAAAGCACUCAGGCACUCGUCUUCCUCUGCCCGGGCCACCGUGACCACCACUGCCUCAAAUUUUAUCUCCUCUGCUUUUCUUGGUCACGUGAUCUUUGGUGAAACUCAUGCCACGCUGUGGUGGGUUGGUAUCAUUUUGACCCUGACAGGGCUUUAUGUCUUGCAUGGAUCGACUCCUCAGGCUCCGAAGGAAAAUGUGAAUAAGAAAUAUGAUUGACAGAAUACGGGGAGCAACAAUUCCUUAUCCAAUACUUGCAGUGAAGCGAAAAGCUGUGAAAAAACACUGAGAUAAUAAGGAUUAUUUAUGCACAUCUGUAUGAUCUAUGCUAAAUUUAUAUAUUUGGCGCAGGAUUGCUUUUGUAUUUAUUAUAAUUACACAAAUACUUGAAAUGUGUAUGACAUUGAGCCUAUAGCCAAGCAAUGGACUUGCUCUAUAUCUUGCCUUAAUCGUACAUACAAGUUUAUACUCGCUUUGUACUCGUUUAUUAUUAUGACCUGAGACAUGUGUAUGAAUGAAUGUACAUGCUUUGCUGAAUAUCUGACCAAAUGCAGCUGUGGCUCUCAAAUGAAAUUAACUUUUUCUGAAGCAUCCUUUUUCAAUUCCAGUUCUUCCACUCGAACUAGCACUCCAGCCGCCACAAUAUAGCAGAAACGAUGCACACACACUGUGUAUAAAUGUUUUUGGUUAUUAAAUGACAGUCAAACCACUGA